UAAUUUAGGAGAAUAAACAGAGAUAUUUGCUAUUUGAAGGUACCAGAAAAUAUACAAAUGUCGCAAUAUAAAGUUCUAGUUAACGGUUCUGGUGGUGUAUCGUUCAGUGCCGAGUCUAGAAUAAAUUAUGUAGAUGACAAUCUUCAUAUCUUCAUACAGACGGAUAAAACAAUUUAUUCAGCCACACAAGAGGUGAAAUACCGGGCGAUAUUAUUACACCGGAACCUCUUUGGAUACAAAGGUCUUGCCACAGUUAUAAUUCGUGAUGGGAAAAACAACAAAAUUGAAGUUAGAGAAAAUUUAAUACCGAAAGAUGGCGUAAUCACAGGUCGCCUACAGUUAAGCAGGGAACCAGUUUUUGGUACUUGGUCUAUCGAUAUCAAUGCUGCGACGAAAAAGUUAACGAAGCAUUUCGAAGUUAACGACUAUGCAAUACCUAGAUUUAGUGUGGAUAUUGCGUUACCUAAAGAGAUCCCGUACCAAUCAGCUUCAGUCAAUGUGUCAGUCAAAGCUAAAUUCACGUUUGGGGCGAAAGUUUAUGGAAACUGUAAACUACAAAUUUAUACCAAAGCAUCUAUAUAUAACUUUUUAGAAUACAACAAACAUAUGCAGGGAUCAGUAACAUUUACGGUCCCAAUAUCGGACAUUAGUCGGCAAUUUUCACUAUAUGACACAUUUAUAGUUCGAGCCUUGGUGACUGAUAAUGCAACAACUCUUACCAUUGGCACUGAGGAGAAUCUUUGGAUAAAUUAUGUCUACCCUACUCAACGUCCACAGACGAUUAACAGAUAUCUGUCUAUCUCAAAGCUGGAAAAACGAGACACAUUUAUACCUGGAAUGUCCUACUACACACAGAUAUUUGUUGGUUAUAAUGAUGGGCCAAUUGGAAAGCCAGGUGUCAUAAAUGUGACCCCAACGGUUACAACUGCUGAAGUAAAGAGCUGCCUCCUCAACAAGCCAUCUACCAAAUGGCUGGACUUAAAGACUACAACGCUUCAAAGUUUUGACAUUCCGUUUGACAAUGAAGGAUAUGCAGAUCUUAGCUUCCCAGUUGCCGAAUAUACAGAUAAAAUAGUGCUUCAGUUGCGAUAUGAAACUAUUUACAAGAACGUAACACUUUACUCGGUGUCCAGCGUGCCUGUGUUGUUGCUCAGAAUGUACACUAAUAAAACAAACGUUCAAGUUGGCCAAAGGUUAGAAAUCAUGACCGAAGCUUCUGGUGAUCUGGAUGGUUUGAUUUCUUAUGAGAUCUUUGCAAGAGGUGUGUUACGUAAGACACUUAUUUCCGGUGUGGCAAAUGAAAAACGAACUAAAACAGGAUUUGAAAUAACUGCCGACAUGAUACCAGAGGUGUAUGUUGUAGCAACACAUGUGACCAAAGCGGGGGACCUCCUGACAGAUCAUUUGUUGCUCAGAGUAUAUGGGUCUCCAUUAAAAAAUAAG